GGUAUAUGCCGAAAGGGUCACGUGGACAGUUUCUGUCACAGCUUUGGUGAUAUGAACGGUCUCCUUAACCGUCUGCGGCGGUAGAGAUGCAUGGACCGUCUCUGUGAGAACCUGUGUCUGUAGAUGGCUCAAGACCUCUGUCUUUGUAAGCGCAACCGUCUCGAGCUUAUGCGAUACUUCGGUCUUCGUGACAGCUACAGUCUCAUGGAUCGAUUUGACCUCGGUGAUAGGGACCGUAACAGCAACGCUCUCCUUCACCGUCACGGGAACACUGAUGGCUACUGAUUCCUUCACUGUGACCGGAAUGCUCACGUGUACCGUCUCCUUGGCAGUUUCUGUUUCCACCUUGGUUACCGGAAUACUAACAUGUAGUGUCUCCUUCACCGUCUCCUUUACUGUCUCUUUUUGCGUAACAGGGAUACUUUCCUUGAGAGUUUCCUUGAGAGUUUCCACCUUCGUCACGGGUACGCUCACAGCGACGGUCUCCUUCAACGUCUCCUUCAACGUCUCAACUUUCGUGACGGGGAUAGUAACAUGUACCGUCUCCUUCACAGUUUGUACCUGCGUUACGGGAACGCUCACAUGUACAGUUUCCUUCACUGUCUGCACCGUGGUUACCGGAACAUCGACGUGUACGGUUUCCUUCACAGUUUCCACCUUAGUGACAGGAAUGCUGACAUGCACCGUCUCCUUCACCGUCUGAGGAGGCAGCGUUUCUUUGACAGUCUGGGGAGGAAGCGUAAUG